AUGCUAAGCCGGCUAUCACGACAUGCUUUGCGGCGAUCGCUGGCGACUUCGGAAUCUCUCAUGAAAGACCUCCGAAUUGUUACGCGUGUGCCGCUGUGCACUCCGUUGGAAGGAGAAUUCGCUGCAAAAUCGCAAACCCGAAUGGAUUAUGUGCCUUUCGAUUCAAAAAUGACAACAUUGAAAUCGAAAAUACGUGUUGCGUCAGAGCCUCACUACGGAGACUACUGUACUGUUGGUGUGGCGAUUGAAAGUGGAUGUCGUUUUGAGUCCGGAUAUCCGCUCGGUAUAUCGCAUCUUUCAACAUCACGGCAUUCAUCACGAGAUGAGAUAUACGCGGUUCUACAGCAAAAUGGAGGUCUAAUUGAUUGCCAAAGCACUAGGGACACAUUCAUAUAUGCAGCAAGUUGCCAUGUGACGGGUCUUGAAGCGGUUAUGGAAAUUAUCGCCAACGCUAUAUGGAGAGCUCAGAAUACACCUGAAGAACUGGAAGAGGCGAAACUGAUAGUGCAAUACGAAAUUGAUGACAUGCCUAAGAAAAUCGAAAGUACGGAACCGUUGCUCACUGACUGGCUACAUAUGGCCGCUUUUCGGGACAACACGCUAGGUUUUUCAAAAUUCACCACAGAAGAAGGGCUGCGCAAAAUCACUAGGGAACAUAUAAACUCGUACAUAAGCCAAUAUCACGCUCCUGAGCGUAUCGUUGUUGCAGGAGUUGGUGUUAGUCACGAGGAGUUAGUCGCGGCUGUUCAGCGACACUUCGAACCAGGGACUGCCAUGUGGGACAAAAAUCCUGAUCUCCUUCUACCGAAUCUACCUCAAAUUGAUCGUUCUGUCGCUCAGUACACUGGUGGCGAGAUGAGAAUACAAAAGGACUUGUCAACGUUGGCUAUUGGUACUCCGUACCCGAAUCUUGCUCAUGUGGCCCUUGGAUUUGAGGGCGUUAGUUACAAAGAUCCAGAUUUCGUUGCUUUCUGUGUGCUUCAUAUGCUUCUCGGAGGAGGAGGUUCAUUCUCUGCCGGUGGCCCUGGAAAAGGGAUGUAUACGCGAUUGUACACUGACAUACAAAAGGACUUGUCAACGUUGGCUAUUGGUACUCCGUACCCGAAUCUUGCUCAUGUGGCACUUGGUUUUGAGGGCGUUAGUUACAAAGAUCCAGAUUUUGUUGCUUUCUGUGUACUUCAUAUGCUUCUCGGUGGAGGAGGUUCAUUCUCUGCUGGUGGCCCUGGAAAAGGGAUGUAUACGCGAUUGUACACUGACGUCAUGAACAGGUGUCACUGGAUUUAUGGUGCAACAGCGUACAAUCAUUCAUAUGCUGAUGCUGGAUUGUUUUGUGUACAUGCCAGUAGUGAUCCAGAGCAGAUUAACGACGUCCUUGUUAUUAUCCUUGACCAAUUCUUUAAACUGCUUAAAGGAGUCGAAAAAGAAGAACUGGAAAGGGCGAAAAUUCAGCUCAAAUCUCAGUUGAUGAUGAAUCUCGAGGUACGGCCGGUGAUGUUUGAAGAUUUAUCCCGUCAAGUGAUAGGACAUGGCUAUCGGCGGAAACCUCAGGAGUACCUAGAGAAAAUAGGUGAACUCUUGUUUACUUUAUUUACAUUUUACUCGGGAAAGGUUAAAAGUGUGACGGCGGAAGAGAUUGUACGAAUUGCGGAACGUAUGCUAGCUGGACGGCCAUCGUUGGUCGGAUAUGGAGAUAUCGGUAAAUUGGCGAGUUACGAAGCGCUUGAUGAGGCUGUUGCACGUCGAAAUCUCCAAAGUCUUAUCUCACGAAAGAAGGCGUUUGGUUGGUGA